AUGUCAGCCGGAGGAGAACAUCUCAAUGAAGAAGGUGACCGUUCUCAGGUAGUAGUGGCGGGCGCAACAGCUGGCCUGGUCUCCAGAUUCUGCAUUGCACCCCUUGACGUUGUCAAGAUUCGCCUCCAGCUCCAAAUCCACUCCCUCUCCGACCCUCUCUCCCAUCGCGACGUCAAAGGCCCCGUGUACAAAGGCACGCUUUCCACACUCAAAUCCAUCGUCCGCGACGAGGGCAUAACGGGCCUCUGGAAAGGCAACAUCCCUGCUGAACUCCUAUACAUCUGCUACGGCGGCAUCCAAUUCACAACCUAUCGCGCAAUCUCACAAACCCUGCCCACACACCUCCCCCAACCUAUAACCACCUUCAUCAGCGGCGCUGUAGCCGGUGGCCUCGCCACCGCUGCAACCUACCCCCUCGACCUCCUCCGCACCCGGUUCGCCGCCCAGGGAAAUGACAAAAUAUACACCUCCCUCCUCACGAGCGUGCGCGACAUAGCCCGCACGGAAGGCUGCAGGGGCUUCUUCCGCGGCUCCACUGCCGCCAUUGGUCAAAUAAUCCCGUACAUGGGCCUUUUCUUCGCGACGUAUGAAUCUGUGCGCGUGCCGUUUGCAGAACUGCAACUGCCGCUUGGCAGCGGCGAUGCGGGCGCGGGAACGGUGGCGAGUAUAAUUGCGAAGACAGGCGUUUUUCCUUUGGAUCUUGUUCGGAAACGGUUGCAGGUUCAGGGCCCGACGAGGGGAAGGUAUAUUCAUACGAAUAUACCCGUGUAUUAUGGGGUUUGGAGGUCGAUGAGGGAUAUUGUGGCUCAGCAAGGGGUUAGAGGGGUUUAUAGGGGUUUGACGGUUAGUUUAAUUAAGGCUGCGCCGGCGAGUGCGGUGACGAUGUGGACGUAUGAGCAUGUUUUGGGAUUGUUGAAGGAGAAAGGAUAG